ACGCUCCCUGCGGCUGUCAGGGGGUUCAGCACAUUUAACUUAACGCUUGGUCAUGUGGUUUCUUGAGGGGGGGAGCCUUGAACAGAUAGAGGGACGUGUGUGAAGGGGAGGAUCCUGGAAUCCUUAAAGCCGGCUCAGAAGCAGAAAUAUCUGCAGAGCUGAGAGUGAGAGGCACUUUGGAGGACAACACACUGCUGACCCUCACACACACUCAGAUUCACUCUGCUGGACUCUGGACUGACCACUUCAGGGUACAUCCCUCAGGACUCUGUUACUCAUCAUGCACCCUAGGAGCCUCUCUAAACUGCAUGGGGCCUCGGCACCCUGGACCGCCCAGGAUGGAGCCUUUUCAUGGAGCUCCAGGCCCAGGAUGGGAUCCAGCCUUUUCAGCCUACCAAAGGGAGCUUGUUUCUGUGCGUGCCUGCUGCUGGGGGCCCUGCUGGUUCCCGGAGCCUGGAGCUUCCUGAGCGAGGAGGAGGAGGAGCUGCUGGUGGAGCUGCACAACUACUACAGAGGACAGGUUUCACCCAGCGCCUCAGCCAUGUUGCCCCUGAAAUGGGACCCAAAUCUGAAGGUGGUUGCAGAAGGCUACGCUGCUAAAUGUAUCUGGAAUCACAACCCGGAGCUGGAGGAGACGGGAGAGAAUCUGUUCGCAAGCACCGGGCCUCUGGACCUUAGAGUGGCUCUGGAGAAAUGGUUCCUGGAACACCUGAACUACGACUACCAGAACAACAGCUGUGAUGAAGACAAGAUGUGUGGACACUACACACAGAUGGUUUGGGCCGACACUCACAGGGUCGGCUGUGCUUUCCAUGCCUGCAACACGAUGGAGGGACUAGACUGGGAGAGAGUCUCCUUCCUUGUCUGCAACUACUUCCCAGCAGGGAACUAUGAUGACCAGUGGCCAUAUGUUGAAGGGGAUUGGUGCUCGAUUUGUCCUGAAAAGCUCCAGAGAUGUGAAAACAACCUGUGUGUACCUGACGUGGUGGAAGAAGAGGAAGUAACUGUCAGCUCCUCUGAUCUACCUCCAGAAGUUAGUCUUGCAUCAACAAAAGAAGACAUAAUUGAGACUCCUGCUAGUUCUCCCAGAGCUCCCAGUAUUAUCCCAACUGAGAGUGCUGAAAACAUACCUCCACCAGGAACUGCUGAACAGGACAUCGUCUCUACUGAUGUUCCAUCAUCCACAUCCAGACAACAGGAGGAGGAUGAGACCAACAAUGUGGAGGAGGAGAAGCAGAGAGAAGAGAUCAUCAUCAGGAAGCAGGAAAUAUGGGAGAAAUCAGUGCCUAAGACCAAAAUAUCUGCUGGUUCUGUAUCCACACCAUCGCUCCUGUUGGCCUGUCUGACUGGAGUCCUGAUUCUGUGGCUGUGAGGAGAAACAGGAGGACAGUAGAGGAACCUAGAUUCAUUGAUGUUAACCCACCCUGCAGUAACAAACUGCUUCCUCUCCACAGCAAAAUGGGUCAGUUAAUAAUUCCCACUCACCAGAAAACAAGCUGCUGUUUAACCUACAUCUGUUUGAGGUCUGGACUGAAAUCUGGGUCAAAUAAAGUCUGCAGAACCUGUUUUGGCCUGAAUGAAACCAGAAUCUGGUCAUCCAUGAAAUGCUGGGCCCAGAUAAACGUGCUGUUCUCAUGCAAAACAAUCUCUCACCAUCUGCUCUGAGAGUUUUUCCUUUUCCACUGGAAGCAGGAUUUUCCCCCCAUAGCUGAUAAAUUAGAAAGAUCUCAAUCUCAAAGCUCACACUUUAAAAUAUGAGUCUAGUUAAAACCUGCUUUAUUUCCACAGUUACCAGUGUUUACAUUGUGACAUUAAAGGGACGGUUCAGUGUUGCUGAUGUGUAGUUAGUAACUUACCUUAGUAUAGAUCAGGAACUGGUAUGAAUCGGUGGGAAGAUGGGAUGCCGAACUCCAGUCCUUGAUGGCUGGUGUCCCUGGUCCAACACACCUGAACCAAACAGCAUGCAUUCAAAUUGUACAGUGUCCUGCUAAUGACCCAAAUAUUUGACCCUCCAGGACUGGAGUUAGAAAUAUGUGCUUUAUAUGUUGAUAGAUGUUGCUCUGCUUGAACACACCUGAUUCAAAUGAGUAGGUCAUUAACAGGUUCCUGCAGAUUAGUGAGCGAUUGGACUGAGGUGUGUCUGAUGUUCAGCAGUGGACUGUUUGAGUGUCUGCAGGGUGACGAGGGCUUUUAUUAUGUCUCUAAGCAGAAUGUUAACCUACAGAAUCAUCUCAUUAUAGAUAAACCAUCAUAACACAUCCCGUUUAAGAUGUUUUUACUGGGAAUUAAAAAGAAAAUGCUGGAGAACUUGUCUUGAAAGAUAACUUCUGCUUUAACUCUCUGACUGAAACUGGUCACCAGCUAAUAAUUUACUCAUCUCUGCAUCCAUGUCGGCAGGAAUGACAUUUAACUCUGACAAAUGUGAUGUAAAUCUGAACAGAUGAUAAAAAAAGAUUUAAACCUUUGUUCCCUUUCAAUGAUGAUUUGUAAUGAUUGAUUUAAAAGUUAUUCUGUUCAUGUAAAACGUUACAGUCUUGCCUUUUAAUGCUUUCUUCCAGUUUUUGAAAAUCUCUGAUGGCCUCACAAACAGUGGAUGAUUGUGUUUAUAUAUUUACAAAUCAGCUUCACGACUAAAAUAUAUUCAUUUUUGAUUAGUCUCAUGUAUAUGAGGGGUAAUUCUGAAGCUGAGCUCUGAUUGCAUUUAAAAGAAAUAAGAAUGUUUAAUAAAAACUGUGUUCAUAUUGAA